CUGGAACACAGUGUUCAAACAGUGUUGAGGUUUUGAAUUCAUCCAACCAUGACGAUGGCACUGAUCCUUGCCGCUUUGGCACUUGCGGUGGCUACUGUGAUGGGCAUGGUAGCCGCUGCCGUUCUUGCAUACUUUUGUUGGAACGGUGCAAUGUGGUUUUUGGAAUCCAAUGGUGGUCAUUCCAAUGUGCCUGUCCACGCCGAUCAGAGGAACGAUGCAAUGAACUCUUGGAAUGGCAACCCAGCUCUUCAAGUUCUUCCAAAUGGACGGGGUGCAACGGGAAUCGUGCCUAUGAACCAUGAAAUGGUUUGGACAGGCAACAUGAUGUCGCCGCAGGUCAAUGCGCCCAUGGAAAAGAACCGAUACCAGCACCAAGAGCUUGCCAAACAUUUCCUCAGCAGUCAAUCUGCGCGUCCUGCAGUGGAGGAAGGGUACGAAUCACCGCUGCCGAACAAGAAGAAAGUGCACAGUGCGGAAGAUUUGAGUCCAGCUGCUGUACAAAUGCGCGGCCAAAACAGCAGAAAGCAAGCGACAGUUUCGUUCGAAGACUUGCAGCGGGGUUAUGCAGCCCAUUUUGCCUUCUGGUUUAAUGGUGACCUCGAUUAUCAUUUUGGAAACGUGCGUGCCGUGUCGGACGCGUAUGCUGUGAAUGCUUCGGACGUAUGUUACUGUUUUCUCUGUCUUGAAGAAGCUGCACGAGGCAGCAACUUGGCUUUGAAGAAGUGGAGCACUGGCUCGUAUGCUGCUCGAGUAUGGCUUGUAGCCUUGGCGCGGUUUGUAAAGACCGCUCAGAGAGCACGAGGUGCACAGGACGUGGCAAGCAUUGAGCCUCUCUGCCAAGAGUGGGGCUACAACCAGGACCACUUUGUCCGGGAAGUACAAGCUUGUGAAGUUCCUUUCCAGCGGGAGCAUGGCCGAUCUUUGCUUGCAGCAUUCCAAACAGAAGAGAUUAGGAAAGUGGAAGUCUGCCGUGCCAAGCAGAUUCUUCUGCAGCAUGCUGCUUCUGUGCCAGUCAAAGGACAGCGACAGCUGGCAUUGGAGGGAGGCAGCUUGCCCAAGCGUGCCAAGGCUUUGGCUAAUGAGGCCGAACCGCGGAAGAGAACGACCGAGAGUCAACUGGUUGCCUUGCCUUCCAAGAGGAUUCGCAAUUCCUGAUCAGGCUGAUCCUGCUGGCUAUGAUCUCACGGUUGCCAGCUGUGCAUGGUUUGUCUUAAAUGAGGAAUUAGGUGACAGCCAUGAAGCGUGACACAACGUUUCACAGUGCUGUUUGAUGGUGCGAAGCUGACUGCACAUCCCUCCACAUGAGGUCAGAUAGGAUUUGUGCAGCACGCGCUAAUUUGCACUUCUUUUACAUGGAGCCUGCCGCCCAUGCUGAUCGUUCUCGGACUGUCAAGCUUUGGCAACAAUCAAUGUACUGUUUCGUGGGGAACUUUGAGUACUGGUAUUGGCGAUGAGCAAUGUUUUGGGGCUGCAGGUUUCCAAGGGUAUUUUCACGGGACACAUCAACGGCGCCGAACUUGCUUGCCAAGCAAAAGCAGUGUGCGAGAAUUCAGUCAGAGGCAUGGAGGCAGGCCUGUAGGGUUCAAGAACAAGUGCUUAUACAUACGCAAAGAAUGACAAAGACAGGUUCACUCAUGCAGCACAUUUCAUGUUUGUUCCUCGAGGCACAGCUUCUUGUGGUCAAAGGAGCAUCCACAGACAGGCCCCCAUGAAUCAGGUAUUCGUCUAUAA